CGCCGACUGCAUGGGCCAUUAUUUGUCCUCCUCAAGCUUCAAAUGAACAACGGACUGAGCCUUCCUUGAAAUGAAUUAAAUAUUAAUAUACGGAAGGGACAUUUUUUCCUCCUGUGUUCUUUGCCGCUGAUAUACAUGGAGUCAGAGGAUAUAUAGCUCGUUUUGUCGCCGGGCUGCUGAGUCCUCCUUUGGACCUGGAGGCCGAAAACAGUGCGCGGAGUGACAGCCCUGUUAAAGCCAGCAGAUUGGGUGUUUUAUCUAGUUGGCUAGCUGGCUAGCCACCUAGCUUCCUAGACAGCUAGCUGAAGGAGUUGGAGGAGAGGGGAGGAAAAACGAGAGGAGAAUUUGACAACUUGGGGGCAGAGUGAUUGCGGCUGUCCCUCUCCUGUCAGACCUGCCGUGGGGAUGGCACACCUUCGAGACAUGCAGAACCAGAAUUCCCGGCUGGACCCAGAGGAGUAUUUCACCAAGCAGGAGCGGAUCGGGAAGGGUUCCUUUGGAGAGGUCUACAAGGGCAUCAACAAUCGCACCAAGGAGGUGGUGGCUAUUAAAAUCAUAGACCUGGAGGAGGCAGAGGAUGAGAUCGAAGACAUUCAACAGGAGAUCACAGUGCUGAGCCAGUGUGACAGUCCCUUUGUCACAAAGUACUAUGGAUCAUACCUGAAGGGGACCAAGCUGUGGAUUAUCAUGGAGUAUUUAGGUGGAGGGUCUGCUUUGGAUCUGCUCCGUCCAGGGCCUCUUGAAGAGACUUACAUUGCCACCAUAUUGAGGGAAAUACUCAAGGGACUGGAGUAUCUGCACUCUGAAAGGAAGAUCCACAGAGAUAUCAAAGCGGCCAACGUGCUGCUGUCAGAGCAGGGUGACGUGAAGCUCGCAGACUUCGGGGUGGCCGGGCAGCUGACAGAUACCCAGAUAAAGAGGAACACAUUUGUUGGCACGCCCUUCUGGAUGGCCCCAGAGGUUAUCAAACAGUCAGCCUACGACUUUAAGGCAGAUAUCUGGUCUCUGGGAAUCACUGCCAUCGAGCUGGCCAAAGGUGAACCUCCCAACUCAGACCUACACCCCAUGAGGGUCCUCUUCCUCAUCCCCAAAAACACUCCCCCCACUCUGGAGGGCCCCUACAGCAAGCCCUUCAAAGAGUUUGUGGAGGCCUGCCUCAACAAAGACCCCCGCUUUAGGCCAACGGCCAAGGAGCUCCUGAAGCACAAGUUCAUCACGCGCUACACCAAGAAGACGCCCUACCUUACAGAGCUGAUCGACCGCUACCGCCGCUGGAAGUCAGAGGGGCACGGGGAGGAGUCCAGCUCCGAUGACUCAGAUAUGGAUGCCGAUGGUGAUGUGGAUCAGUGUCCCAUGUGGACCUUCCCCACAGUCAGACCCAGCUCUAUGAACAAGUUACAGAAGGGUUACACACACACAGAUUCAGAGUCAGCAGAUUCAGUGAAAAGGCAACCCAAGUCACAGUGCCUGUCUGCCUUGGUAACCCCCAUCUUCAGAGAGUUGAAGGAGAAGCGGCGGGCGAGCGGCGGAGGUGUAGGAGCCAUCGAGGAGCUGGAGAACGCCUUCAACCUUGCUGAGGAGUCCUGUCCCGGCAUCUCUGACCGCCUUGUCACACACAUGAUGGAGAGAGUGUGCAGGUUUUCUUUAAAUGGUAACACCACCCCGUCUUCACGGUGAAACCCCAGCCGGUUGUAACUUCAACCUGCCCCUUUUCUGCCUCCCACACCCGCCCCAUCGCCUCAAACAAGGACCACAGAAAAAACACCCUCUUUGAUCCCUCAGUCCCGUGCCCUGUCCCCCGAGAGAUCUUUUAAUUAGUUAUUAUUAAAUAUUUUUACAGUUUUUCUUUAAAGAGCGGAGAGUAUUUAAGACAAAAAAGCCAUGACAUUUAGAGCGUUGUGUAUACCUGUUAGAUUGAGUAAAAAAAAAAUCCUAUAAUAAAGUCUAUGGAAAAUG